AUUUAAAGCUCUUCUGUGUGGAGUACUGAAAUGUAUGAGAAGCGCCACCUGUGUUAGCAAAAACAAAGAGACUUGACAGUUUUAAAUGAUUUUGGCACAUUACAGACACAAAAGUAUCUCUGCCAUGAAUAUUCAGUAAAGUGUAUGCCAACAACCAAUAUCAAGAUGUAGUUAGCAAGGUUUAAGGUAAAGCCACAUAGGUAAUGGAGUCAGCGAAAUGUCAUUUGAUUCAGCCAUGGUUCACUAUAGUUCUGAAGACAACAAGCCAUGCUGCAAGUUCUGUGGUAAAAAGUUUGCCCAGUCGAGCUACAUUAAGGCUCAUAUGAGACUACAUACCGGUGAAAAGCCAUUUGCCUGCUCAUUUUGUCCAAAAAGAUUUAGUGACUGUAGUAACUGGAAGAAACAUGAACGUAUUCAUAUUCGUCAACUUGGAAUUAAAGUCGAUACGCCUCCCCCACCUCAAAGAACUGAGUCCUCAAAAUCUAAACCAGUUUUAAUUUCUCCACCAAUUAAGGUAAAACAAGAACAGAUAGUUGGGUUUCAGUGCAAACUUUGUGGUAAAGCUUUCGCCAACGCCAGUAGCUUGACAACACAUAAAAGAAUACAUAGUGGAGAGCGACCAUAUCGUUGUGGCAUUUGUGGAAAAUCCUUCACACAGAUAGGAACACUAAGAACUCACGAACGUGUACACACAGGAGAGAAACCAUACAUUUGUAAAAUUUGUGGUCAGACAUUUGCACAAAGUGGUAGUUUUCGCAUGCACGAACGUAGGCACAUGAUGGAAAUGUUACACCAAUGUCCGCUUUGUCCAAUUAAAUUUGCUAAUUAUGAAGAUGCCAAACGUCAUCUAGCAACCCAUUCAGAAAUGGCAGAGUCCAAAAUGGCAGAGGGAUCCCAGGGUACCGGGGAAUCACCAGAUGCCUUAUCACCACACAUUGAUACAUUUUCACCAAGAAGCAGUCAUGCAGAUCAAGUCUCAUCUCCUCUUUUUCCAUUUCCACCACAGAUACCAACAUUUGUGACAGCAGGAUCUGUCUGUUUACCAGUAAGUUUAACCACAAACAGCAACAUACCAACACCGGUCAGCAUUUUACAGUCACAAGCAUUAAAUUUUCAAGCCAGAUCUUUUGCUGAGUUUUACCAUAAACCAUUCACCCCAAAUAUGGGCAUGUCUGUUGCUGACCGUGUAGCCAAUGAAAACAGUGACACUGAUGUUGUGAGUACAACCACUUGUCGGAACAGAAAAUAUAGUUCCGACUCACAUACUUCCAGAUCUAUGUCAACCCCUGAUGGAACAAACCAUAAUGAAGAUUCUAAAAAACCCAACAUGGAUUCAGACGCCUACAUUAAUGAAAUUAACCAUAAGACAUCUGAAAACUCAAGCGUAACCAGUGAGCACUCUGAUAAUGUUUGCAGCGAUGAACCUGGCACUAUAAAUCGUACAAAUCUACAUUCAAAGCUACGUGGAUCAUCAAACUCCAGAAAGCAGAGAUAUCCACAAAGAAGAUACAGUUCAAGUGUCACCAUGGAUCCUGUCACAUCAACUCAACCCAGUACCAGUUACAUAUCAGUGGAUACCAGUUCAAAUAUGUCCGGGGAGAUGACCGAGGACGAAGGAAGAGAUGAGGUCAACACUUCACAGAAGCAGUAUCGAUGUAACCAUUGUCAUAUUAUUUAUGAAGAUUGUACACUUUAUCUGCUUCACAAUGGGUUUCAUUCACAUGAUACUGACCCAUUUAAAUGUGUCAUUUGUCGAAAGUCUUGUCGAGACAGGAUUGAAUUUAAUUGCCAUUUGACCAGUCAUCUGAAGUAGUUUUAGUUUUAAAAUAUUGAAAUUAAAAUUAGCAAAUUUAUUUUUUCAGAUUUAAUAAUAUUGUAUUAAAUUCUUCAAGUGCCAUUUGACCAUCAUUGAAAACCAAUUUGAAUUUCAUCUGUGCUUAGUCGUAACCAUGAUAAAAGAGAUUAUUUUUUUAGCAGAUAUUUAAAUGGUAUUUCUUUGAUUUUUAACUUUUAAGUGUUGCAUAAUUGAAAGUAAACUAUUUAAAGUGAAUAAGCAUUUUUUAAACCUUUACAAAAAUCAUUACUACUAUGUUAAAAUGUACAAAAUUUGUCGAAAAUUUUAAAAUGUAGGAUUUGGAUAAUCAAUUUUUUUCAGGAUAUUCAUAUUCAAGAAAUUCCUCACAUUUUUUCAAUUUAAAUCUUAUUAUUUCAAUUGCUUUGUGAAUUUAAAGUACUUAAGAUAUUUAGUAAGGGGAGACAAUUUUUGAUUUUACAUAAGAGUUGUUUCCCUUUAAACAGAAAGAAAUAUUGUAUUACAAUGGAUAUUUGAUACUUAUAGGGUACUCCUACCUUAGUUGUGCCUACGUAUUCUCAGCUUUAAAUUGUGAAAUAUGUAUUUUUAAUGUUGUUUGUAGUUUAGGGACCAUAUGUCGUAGUUGUGAUAUUAGUGUAUUUUUACAGCAUUAAAAUGGCAAUGUUUUGUGCAAAAGGGUAGCUGUGUAGAUUUUUUUUAAUUAUUAUUAAUGUACAUUUAUCAUUUACAUACAUAUACAUGAACCAUUCAUUUAUUUGUUAAUAUUCAUGAUCACUGAUCCAGUAAAGGAAAGCAUACAUUUUUAGGGUUGAACAAAAGGGAUUUUACCGGUUGUGAAAUAUAUUCUUGUAGAAAUAUCUUAAAAUUUGUAUUUCUUAUAAUAGAUUUAUGUGUUAUUUUGGGGUUAAAUUUAAUUCUAUUAUAUUUUUAAUUUCAACAUGAGCAAAAUCUGUAAGCCUUUAAUUCAAGCUUUAGUAAAUUAAUAAUUUUUCAAUAUAUUUAUUUCCUAUGAUCUGAUAUAUCAUAUAAACAGUUCAUCAACAUCAUUAUGAUUUUUUUUUAUUCAUACCAAUAGAUCUUGACCAUGUUGACAUGGCUUUAUGUGUAAGAUCUUAACCAUGUUGACAUGGCUUUAUUCGUAAGAUCUUAACCAUCUUGACAUGGCUUUAUUUGUAAGAUCUUGACCAUGUUGACAUGGCUUUAUUCGUAAGAUCUUGACCAUGUUGACAUGGCUUUAUGUGUAAGAUCUUAACCAUGUUGACAUGGCGUUAUUUGUAAGAUCUUGACCAUGUUGACCAUGGCUUAAUGUGUCAGAUGUACUGGUAAUAUUUUUUUGAUGUUGAUUAUUGUAAUAGUUCAUGUUGUCAAAAUGUCCGCAGUCAUUUCAGUAUUCUAUUGUUACAAAAAUGUACUUAAUUUUUUAAUUGGAUAUGUUGUGCUUGUUGAAUAUACAACAGCUUUCUUGCAACAUGGCUUCCAUUGUAGACUGACUGUUGUAUUUCAUGUUUUAUUGAUUGCCAUUUGCUGCAUAUAGAUGCCAAAAGAAAAUUUGUUACUGGAUACAAAUAUAAUUUAUGAGUAUGUUAAUCAUGUUAAUGGGGGGUUUACAGAUGAGAUAGAGAGUAAUUGGCAAAAAAUAUAAAGAAUAGAGAAAACUGGACCCCCCCCCCCCAAAAAAAAAAAAA